AGAAGAAGAAGAAGAAGAAGAAGAAGCGGAAUGAGAAGAAGUGCAUCAUUUAGCAACGUUAACAUUUUUCGACUAAAUUGUUUGUUACGAUGCCUUAUGCAAACCAGCCCACCGUAAAAAUCACAGAACUUACAGAUGAAAAUGUCAAGUUUGUUAUUGAAAAUACGGAUUUGGCGGUUGCCAAUUCUAUUAGACGUGUCUUCAUGUCAGAAGUGCCCACAGUAGCAAUCGACUGGAUCCAGAUUGAUGGCAACUCAUCUGUGUUGCAUGAUGAAUUCAUCGCGCACAGAGUCGGUCUCAUUCCGCUCACUAGUGACGAUAUUGUUGAAAAAAUGCAGUACUCCAGGGAUUGCACCUGCAAUGAAUUCUGUCCAGAAUGUUCUGUCGAGUUGACAUUGGAUGUUCGUUGUACAGAUGAAAAGACGCGUAAUGUCACCUCACGUGAUCUGUUGUCCAACAACCACAGAGUCAUCCCGGUCACAUCAAGGAGUCGAGACAAUGAUCCUAAUGACUACGCUGAACGAAAUGAAAUUUUGCUGGUGAAGCUUCGCAAAGGGCAGGAACUGCGAUUGAGAGCUUAUGCCAAAAAAGGAUUCGGUAAGGAGCAUGCCAAGUGGAACCCAACUGCCGGAGUGGCUUUCGAGUAUGACCCAGACAACGCGUUGAGGCACACUGUCUACCCCCGACCCGAGGAAUGGCCCAAGAGUGAAUAUUCUGAAAUUGAGGAGGAUGAGGUCCAGGCUCCUUAUGACCCAAAUGGGAAACCAGAAAGGUUCUACUACAACGUGGAGUCUUGUGGCUCCCUACGACCUGAGACUAUUGUCAUGUCCGCUCUGGCCGUCCUCAAGAAAAAGCUGAGCGACCUGCAGACUCAGCUCAACCAUGAAAUCCAGAGUGAUGUGCUGACUAUAAACUGACACAACAGUCUUCAGCGACAUGAAGCUCAGUCAUUAGAUUGUUUGUUUUGGAAUCAUAUUGACACAUCAUGGAAUUUAUGUGAAUUUCAAGGUCGUUCUUUCUUUUAGUGUGUUAAAGUGUUUGUUACCCAAAAUCACAUUGGAUUGUUGAAUAAACUUUACAUGUUAAAUAGCUCCUCAUUACA